GACGUGAGAUGACUUUUUGUCACGACCUGCUUUAACUCUCCCGCACAAAUCCGACGAACCCUAACAAACUUCAGAGUCCAAUCAUCUCUCCGGCCACUUUCCACUGAGUCCGGCCACCUCUCGACCUUCGACUGAUCAAAGAUGACCCCUGUUUGUCCCUUCGCCAAAUCCGCUCGUCCCGACGAAGUCUCUUCGCGAAAGCCCAGCGAAUGCCCGUACAAACCGCCUCAGUCCGAUGGUCAAAAGGAGACUCCGGAUGCCGCCACCGUAUCCCCGAAAUGCCCAUUCGGUUACGAUUCUCAGACCUUCAAGCUAGGUCCUCUCAGCUGCGUCAUUUGCCAGGCUCUUCUCUUCGAAAGCGGCAGAUGCGUGCCUUGUUCGCAUGUCUACUGCAAGGCUUGUAUAUCUCGAUUCAAGGACUGUCCGUUGUGUGGGGCGGACAUUGAGAAGAUCGAAGCUGAUACGAAUCUUCAGAGUACGGUCGAUCGUUUUAUUGAAGGUCAUGCAAGGAUCAAGCGAUCUCAUGUUAAUGAGGAGUCCGAGAAGGGAGUGACUGAUGAGAAGAAAACAGUGAUAUAUGAGGAUGUUUCUCUGGAGAGGGGUGCUUUCUUGGUGCAACAAGCCAUGCGGGCAUUUCGUGCAAAUAACGUGGAAAGCGCCAAGUCAAGACUUGGUCUCUGUGCAGAAGACAUCCGAAGUCAGUUAGAAAGAAUGGGAAACACGUCAGAGUUAUGUUCACAGCUAGGAGCAGUUCUUGGUAUGCUUGGCGACUGCUGUCGGGCACUGGGAGAUGCUGGAUCUUCAGUUUCUUAUUUUGAAGAAAGCGUCAGUUUCCUUUCAAAAUUGCCUGCUGAUGAUCUGGAGAUCACACAUACACUGUCUGUUUCACUGAAUAAAAUUGGUGAUCUUAAAUAUUAUGAUGGAGAUCUUCAAGCUGCAAGAUCUUACUAUUUUCAAUCUUUGGAUGUGCGUCGUGAUGCCAUCAAACAUUGUCCAGAUGUUUCAUCCCAGUGCCUGGAUGUGGCUGUUUCUUUAGCAAAAGUUGCUGAUGUGGACAGGAAUCUUGGAAAUGAGGACGUGGCAGUUGAUGGAUUCCAAGAAGCCAUAAAAUUGUUGGAAUCAUUGACAUUAAGUUCAGAAGAAGCUGGUCUUGAGCAGCGGCGACAAUCAGUGCUGGCAUUCCUUAAGACCCAACUUGCAGAGAAACCGGCUUCAGGCUCACCAGAAAACAAAUGACAUCUUGGUUGAAAAAAUUAAGAUACAAGACAAUUUAUGCAGCCAUCAGAACUCGAGCAAGUAUGUGUAUUAUAAGCUCAGUUUGGUACGAGGAAAUUGCCAUAGCAUUUUAUUAGAGUAGCACAAAGUAGUGUAUGAGUAGCAAUGAGCAUUCCUUAACAUGGAUUGUCUAACGAAUGCACCGAGUUCCCUCAUUGAGUAAUGCCAUGAAAUAAAAGGCGGUGAGAAACUAUUAUCCAUGUUGUUAUGGCUUUUGCCCAUUCUAGUUGGAAGCAUAUUAUUUGCUGGUAGCUGUGCCUAUUGUGUUGUAAUGGAAUACUUAAAGCUCACCCAUAAUUUCGGCUUCUGAAAUAAAAUAGAAGCUGCUUGUGUAUAUGCAAAA